UCCCAAGCACUUACACUAUUUACUCGGUACGCCGCUGGCACUGGGGACCUUCCUUCUUCACGCCUUGCCAUGCCAUCCCAUGCUCCGGUCAAUAGCCCUGGAUCCCAACCCAACCCCCAGUGGGGUGUAAGUGGGCGAAGUGGCCACACCUAACCUCUUUUUCCGCUGCUUCACCCAUCGGUCCCCGGUCUAUUGCCCGCGGAUGGACACGCUUACAUCAAGUCCUGCAGCUCGUCCGUCGUUGUGGUCACUGGUGAUCGCUCUGUAUCUGCUCUGCUCCGCCCCUCUUUUCGUCCCUAGCUUUCGUUUGCCGUCGGUCACUCACUUUGGAAAAAGAUUCGAGACUACCAUGUCUACCGUGCCGUUGUAUGGUAUACAGUAUACGGAUACACCACACACACCAACCAUGGGACCAUUCGGCACAUCACAGAACCGUUGGCCCGCCGUUGAAAUGCCCACCAAGCCUCCACGGUACCCAGUUCUCAACCGAGACUGGCUCAGAAUCGAGCCGCUCCAAGAGCUCCAAGGGACCUCGGCGUUCGGCCGAUUCCACUUCUUCUCGAGACGUUUUGUCGCUGAGGCGAGCCAGGCCAUGCUCCCCAGCUUGCCCAGUUGAGCUCUCCACCAUUUCAGGAUUGCUUAUAUCUGCUCCCGUCCCUCUUGGCUUGGUCGUCCCCUUUCCUUCUUUCCCUUCUCCCGCCGUGGCCACCAUCAACCCUCCGUCCCCCUCCCUCCCCCUCCUCUCUUUGCCUGCUUUCUUCAGGUGAAAGCAAGGAAAGCCUUCAGCCAUUGAACCUUGCCACGGGGCACCGUCCCAUUGUUCCAAGGUUCCGUUUUGGCCUGUCCGCAACACAUCCGACGAGACAGUCGUCUAAAUACCACCGCUUGCCCGCCCUUCGUCAUCGCCGUGCGAGCCACCCCGAGUCGUCUUCGUCCAACUUCUAUUUACGACCCAAACGAAGUCUCUCGGACACCUCGCUGUCUUUCUUCACAAUGGCGACCCAUCAGAAUCGCCAUUCUGCCCCCAUUGGCGUCCUUCCCGUGCCCCAUGGCCCUGAGACGGGCGACGAGCACAAUGACUUCCCCACAGAACAUACCACAGAGUAUGAACGCCAGAUUUUUGGCCAUGUCACGCGCCCCGACGACUCCUACACGCCCGACGGUACCUACUGGGCUGAUUUGCCCUGGUGGAAGCGUGUCAACUUCGUGAGCAAGGUCGACCGCGAGGAAGCCCUCAAGGAGCUCAGGGCCACCGGUGACAUGAUGAAGAAGGACCCUCUUUCGCCCCUGGCUUGGUACUUUCGCAACGCCGUACUCCCUGGUGCCGGCCUCGGUCUCGAGGGCUACGUCUUGUUCUCCAUUGGUAACCUGGAGCCCUUGUUUGCUGCUGUCUGGCCUGAAUGCUGGGGAAAGGCGCAUACUGUGUGUUCCCAGAAUUGGGUCGCCUCCGUCACUUAUCUCGAGAUUGUCGGUAUUAUGAUUGGUCAAGCCGCCAUUGGUGUCAUCGGUGACUGGAUCGGCCGUCGCUUCGGUCUCAUUCAGGACGCCGCCAUCAUGUUUGUCGGUCUGCUGCUCCUGACGGGCAGCUGGGCCGCCUCCAUGCAGGGCUGGGUCAUCUUCUACGCCUGGUCCCUCUUCUUCUACGGCUUCGGUGUCGGAGGUGAAUACCCCAUUACCGCUACGUCCUCCAUGGAGAACUCGGUCGGCGCUGGGCGCAUGUCCACGCGCGACGACCGUCUGCACCGUGGCCGCAAGGUCACCAUGGCUUUUCUGAUGCAAGGCUGGGGUCAGCUCGUAAACCAAGUCGUCCUUAUCGUUCUGCUCGUCAUAUUCAACCGCGGCUACGGCAACGGCCCGUACUCCGUCUCCGCCGCCCAGUACACUUUCCGCCUCUCCUUCGCCCUUCCCGCCAUCGGCACCCUGUGGCUCGUCUACUACCGUAUCUGGAAGAUGCCGCGCGCGAACCAGCAGCUCGCCCUCGCCAAAAAGAAGCAAGGCGUCACCGGCUACGACGUCAACGCUCUCAAGUAUUGCUGUCAGCACUUUGGCGGCCGCCUCUUGGCCACCGCUGGUACUUGGUUUUGCAACGACGUCUUUUUCUACGGCAACAAGCUCUUUCAGGGCCAGUUCAUCUCUAUCAUCUCCAGCAACCCGGACUCACUCCUGACCAAGUGGACCUGGGGCUUGAUCAACGUCGUCGUUUCCCUCUGCGGCUACUACCUCGCCUCCCUCUUUAUUGACAACAAGCUCUACGGCCGCAAGAUGAUGCAGCAGGUCGGAUUUCUCAUGUGCUUCGUCAUGUUCGUCAUCCCCGCCUUCAACUACGACUACUACGUCAGCCCGGCCGGCGUCCACGCUUUCCAGGCCAUGUACUUCCUCAGCUCCUUUUUCAAUCAGUUCGGCCCCAACUCGGUCACCUUCCUCGUCGCUGGCGAGGUGUUCCCCACACCCAUCCGCGCCACGGCCCACGGGUUCUCCGCCUGCAUCGGAAAGGCCGGAGCCCUCCUCGCCUCCGUCCUGUACAACUACAUCGACACCCGAACCAAGUUCUUAGUCGUCCCGUGGUUCGGUCUUGCCGGCAUGCUCCUCACCUGGCUCUUCCUGCCCGACACCACGGGCCUGGACCUCAAGGAGCAGGAGCGUCGCUGGACCUACAUCCGCAACGGCAAGGAGUCGGAAUACCAUGGCGUCGCCGUACACCCCACCCAUCUCAGUGUCUGGGAACGUCUACGUGGCGUCGGCAAGCAUUACGAUGCCGAGAAGGACCACAAGGCGCAGAUCGAGGACAUGCGCAAGGAGUGGGAAGAGAGGCAAGCGGCGCAGGGCGAGAAAGAGCCCGAGGUCUGGGAGGACCCGGACAUGUUCUCCGAGGCCAUGCACGGAUACUUUAAGGAGCAACAUAAGAACAAGAGCUCCGGGGGCGUCAUGGCGGCCGAGGCCUCGUCGUCGUCGUCGUCGAGGGAGAAGGAGGCUGGCGACGAGAUCCAGCCCAGCCCUCUUGUCGGGGAAAUGAGGGAUCUGGAUGAGAAGCGGGGUUAAUGGGAUUGGUUUGCACAAAACACAAGUAUUGCAUCAUAAUCAAGGAGUACCAAAAGAACAGGGUUUGGAGUUAUCAUCGACACGAGGCGGCUUCUUGCAUUGGGCCGGGUUGGGUAGAGGAAAGCAUAGUAAGAGCAUGGCGCAUACAAAACGCCUCAAUAUUUAUGACCUAUUAUGACCAUCA